GCACCACCCGUUUUACCAUAAUCCACCUUGCAGCUUUCAUUCCACAGUGAAUCAGCUAGGGCGCGAUAUCUACUGCAAGUCACAUUCAUAAGCUUGUCGGGCCCGAUCACAUUGUCGAGACUCCGCCAAUCACCCCGACGAAAGGCAUUAAUCAACAGCAGGGGGGGCUGGGAAAAUAUGGACGACACAGAAGUAGAAUCAGGCCUCUUCGCCAUACAACUCUCCUCAGAUGACGAGGACAACACAGCCACCGGCAAUGCGCAGGACGAUGCCAAGGCAGACCGCACAGGCCAGACGGAGGAGCAGUUUCAACACGUGAGGAAAGCUUACAGAGUAAAGGUCGAAACCGGCGAGUUCUACAAGCAAAUUCCGCUCCCGCUGUCCUCUGCAAACCCCUCUCAGCAGCAGCAGCAGCUCGUCUCAAAACCACAGGCCCAAGCCCUCCUCCACGCUGUCGAGGAACUCUACUUCCUGAGGCGAUACGACGAGGGGGCAGCCUUUGUGCGGCGGAUCUUUGAUGAGAGCGACGACGACACGUCCAUUUUGCAUGGCACAGAGAACGGAUCCCUGGGCGGGAGCACCAGCGGGCUGCUGGACGAGGAUACACGCAAGACGCUGCGGUACUAUCAGAGGCGAUGCGAAGAGAGGAGUAGGGCUUCCUAGCUGGAGCCGGCCGGGGACAAGCGGGACCACGGCGUUCCCUGCCAAAGGAGGAGGAAUAGGGAAGGAAAGCAGAGGCAAGUGUGAGACCAAGGUCACGGUAUCAAGCCUCACAGGUACAGGAAAGGACAAAGAGGAGGGGUACGAGACGUUUCUUCCAA